AUGGCGGACUGGGGGCCGGUGGUGGUGGGGGUGGUGCUGUUCGUGCUGCUAUCGCCGGGACUGCUGUUCACCUUCCCAGGAAACGAUCGGCGGGUGGAGUUCGGAAGCUACAGCACCAACGGGAAGGCCGUCGUCAUCCAUACCCUCAUCUUCUUCGGCCUCUACACCUUAUUCACCCUCGCCAUCGACAUACACCUCUACGCUGGCUAG